CGCAGAUCGCUGAGAGCCGUCCAGUGCGAAGGGUUGUCGGAGAGUGGAUACGCCGUUGCUGAGGUGCAGGAGUUAGCUGCCUCGUGUAUCAUUCAAAGCCUUUUGGAAACGCCAAUGCUCCACUCGUAAGAAAAGGUGUGUUCCUGAGGCCCCCCGUGUUAGAGGAGAGGUUGGCCCCUCCUGCCGUCGCCAUGACUACGUCAGCGCAGGACUCCGCCCCCCCGUCUGCGCCUGGCCUUCUGCUCUUCCUCAUCCUCAUCCUCCCCCUCCCCCCCGCUCUAUCCCAGCAGCCUCUGCUCCCCUGCCACCCCCGCCCCCACCCCCACCGCGGCCCCCCCUCCCUCAGCGGAGUGCACCCGUCGAGAACAUCCGUCGUCUCCUUCCAAGCUCUGAGCCCGUGGAUCUCCUCGUUCUCGCACCCUGGCGUGAGGGACUUUUCCCAGUUGACCCUUGACCUCAGCAGGAAUCAGCUGAUCGUGGGGGCAAGAAACUACCUCUUCAGACUGAGUCUGAGCAACAUCUCCCUCAUACAGGCGACGGAAUGGGGCCCGGACGAGGACACCCGGAGGUCCUGUCAGAGCAAAGGCAAGACGGAGGUGGAGUGCCAGAACUACAUCCGUGUGCUGCUGGUCAACGGGAAGAGAGUGUUCACCUGCGGCACCAACGCCUUCCUGCCCGUCUGCACCACCCGACAGAUCGGGAACAUGAGCAGGGUGCUGGACCGGGUGAAUGGUGUGGCCCGCUGCCCCUACGACCCGCGGCACAACUCCACCGCCGUGGUGACGGAGCGGGGCGAGCUCUACGCCGCGACGGUCAUCGACUUCUCGGGUCGCGACCCCGUCAUCUACCGCAGCCUGGGCAACAUGCCGCCCCUGCGCACCGCCCAGUACAACUCCAAGUGGCUCAACGAGCCACACUUCAUCUCUGCGUACGACGUGGGGCUCUUCACGUACUUCUUCCUGCGGGAGAACGCGGUGGAGCACGACUGUGGGAAGACGGUGUACUCUCGCGUGGCCCGCGUGUGCAAGAACGACAUCGGGGGCCGCUUCCUGCUGGAGGACACCUGGACCACCUUCAUGAAGGCGCGGCUCAACUGCUCCCGCGCCGGGGAGAUCCCCUUCUACUACAACGAGCUGCAGAGCACCUUCUACCUGCCCGAGCAGGACCUGAUCUACGCCGUGUUCACCACCAACGUGAACAGUAUCGCUGCGUCAGCUGUGUGUGCGUUUAACCUCAGCUCCAUCACACAGACCUUCAACGGGCCGUUCCGGUACCAGGAGAACCCGCGAUCCGCCUGGCUGCCCACGCCCAACCCCAUCCCCAACUUCCAGUGCGGGACGCUGAGCGAUAACAGCCCGAACGAGAACCUGACGGAGCGCAGUCUGCAGGACGCCCAGCGGCUCUUCCUCAUGAACGACGUGGUGCAGCCUGUCUCCAUCGACCCGCUGGUCAUGCAGGACAGCGUGCGCUUCUCCAAGCUGGUGGUGGACAUCGCAGGCCGCGACACGCUCUACCACGUCAUGUACAUCGGCACCGAAUAUGGCAGCAUUCUGAAGGCCCUCUCCACGGCCAAUAAGAACCUGCGUGGGUGCUACCUGGAGGAGAUGAGGCUCCUCCCCCCCGGGGUCCAGGAGCCAAUCCUGAGCCUGCAGAUUCUCCACAGCGACAGGUCGCUGUUCGUCGGACUGAACAACCGCGUGGUGAAAAUCCCCCUGGAGCGAUGCUCCAGCUACAGGACCGAGCAGCUGUGCCUCGAUGCGCGGGACCCCUACUGUGGCUGGGACCGCAAACAGAGACGCUGCACCACCAUCGAGGACAGCUCCAACAUGAGCCUGUGGACCCAGAACAUCAGCGUGUGCCCGCUGCUGAACCUGACGACGGACGGGGGUUUCGGGCCGUGGGCGGGCUGGCAGGCAUGUAGCCAUGACGACGGAGACAGCACCAGCGCGUGCGUGUGCCGAUCCCGGGCCUGCGACUCCCCCCUCCCCCGCUGCGGCGGGCGGGGCUGCGAGGGCCCCCCCAUCCAGGUGUCCAACUGCUCCAGGAACGGGGGCUGGACGCCCUGGUCGUCAUGGGGACAGUGCAGCACCAGCUGCGGCAUCGGGUUCGAGGUGCGCCAGCGCUCCUGCAACAACCCCUCCCCCCGCCACGGGGGCCGCGUCUGCGUGGGACAGAGCCGGGAGGAGAGGCUGUGUAAUGAGAAGGUGUCCUGUCCGCUGCCCGUCUUCUGGUCCUCGUGGGGGUCCUGGACCAAGUGCAGCGCGGAGUGCGGGGGAGGCGUCCACUCCCGGGUCCGGAGCUGUGAGAAUGGAAACAGCUGCCCUGGCUGCGCCCUGGAGUACAAGGCGUGUAACCUGGAGGCGUGUCCGGAGGUGCGUCGGAACACGCCGUGGACACCGUGGAUGGCGGUGAACGUGACGCAGGGCGGGGCCAGGCAGGAGCAGCGGGUGAGGUACACCUGCCGCGCCCAGCUGCCCGACCCGCACGAGCUGCAGUUCGGCAAGCGCCGCGUGGAGACGCGCUUCUGCCCCAACGACGGGACGGCCGCCUGCGAGACCGACACUCUGGUGGAGGACCUGCUGAAGACGGGCCGGCCUGUGGUUCGAGCUGCAGGCACGGGCUGGUCGUCGUGGGAGACGUGGUCGGCCUGCUCGCAGGACUGCGCUAAGGGCUUCCGCACACGCAAGCGCACCUGUGCCUCACCCGAGGGGAAGAGCUCACCUGCAGCCUGCAGUGGCUCCGCUGUGGAGUACCAGGACUGCAACCCACAGGCCUGCCCAGUGAAAGGCUCCUGGUCCUGCUGGUCCUCCUGGUCUCAGUGCUCGGUGUCCUGUGGGGGGGGGCACUACCAGCGCACCCGCAGCUGCAGUAACCCCGCCCCCACCGGGGGGGGCGACAUCUGCAUCGGCCUGCACACCGAGGAGGCACUCUGCAACACACACGCCUGUGAAGGCGGCUGGACGGCCUGGUCUGAUUGGAGCCCCUGCGAUGAUGUCACGGGGCUGCAGAUGCGCGGCCGUCGCUGUGACGACCCUGAGGAGGGGGGGGCCCCCGGUCCCUCCCCCGGCCCAAACCCCUGCCCCGGCAACAGCACCGAACAGCGCGACUGCCUGCUGGACGAGAUCCCAGUGAUUCUUCCUGCGUCUGGAUUCGACAAGGACCGGCAGUGUGGCGGCUUCACGCUGAUCCACCUGAUCGCGACGGGCGUGUCCUGUUUCUUCGGGGCGGGGCUGCUGACCUUCCUGGCGUACGCGUACUGCCAGCGCUUCCACAAGCCAUCGCAGGAGUCUGCCGUGAUCCACCCCACCACCCCCAACCACCUCAACUACAAGGGCAACACCACGCCAAAGAACGAGAAGUACACGCCCAUGGAGUUCAAGACGCUGAACAAGAACAACCUCCUCCCGGACGAGCGGACAAACUUCUUCUCGCCCCUCCAGCAGACCAACGUGUACACCACCACCUACUACCCCGCCACGCUCAACAAGUACGACUACCGGCCGGACGCCUCGCCGUCCCCCUGCAGGACCUACACGCAACAGCUGAGGCAGGCCCCGCCCUCAAGCCCCGCCCGCAAACCCCCCCCCCCUGUCGUCACGGCAACAGGGUCCGCCCAAACUCCUCCCCCUUUCUCCCGCUCUUCCUGGCCGUGGAGUGAGCGUCGCUCCGGUGCGAACGUUAGACUCCGCCCACCCUGGGACCUUCAUCCCUGCUCUCCUCCUCUUCCUCCUCGCAGGGGAAAACGAACCUGAUACUUUAUUAUAAUCUCUGUUUGUUUUUUGUUUUUUUCUUCUUCUUCUUACGGUCCUGGAUGUCUUGGGUUUUUAAGAUGGCACUUUUAUAAGGAUAGGCGGACGAUGACUCUUGAGGAUUGCCAGACAGUGACAUGACCCCCCCCAAACGAAACCCCCCCCCCAUACAGUCCUUGUCUGUGGAACUGGACUGCGUUUGCACCACAGGAUAAGCGUCUCACUGGAGCAGAAGGACACGUGAACAGGAGCCCCGCUAA